AAUAACACGGGCACAUGGCUAAUAUUAGUAUCAGCUCGUCUGUCAAACUGUUGCACAGAAAGUUUAGGAGCUGAAUUCAGAGUAAACACAGUUACUGGAAGACAAGUGGAGAGGCGUGAACAUGGCGUCCUCGCUACUGAAGAGCAGAAGUCAAUGAGACUGCAGAGAGGAAGCAUUUAUCAAGGUACAUCGUGUCUGUGUUGUAUACAUCGGUCUAUUUGUACUACAAGGAUGAAAGUGAAGCAUCUGACCCACUUUGGCUAUCCUCACAUUUAUCGCAUUCCUCUCCUUACUCUGUAUUAAUUAAUACUGAAAAAAAAUCAAAGCAUCAAUAUGGAUGGCAAUUCUUGUAACUCACUGCUCUUCCAUGAUAAAGAUCUUUCAUGUGACUUACUCAGAGAUUUGAACAAUUUGAGAGAAGCGGGUUUAUUAACAGAUGUUAUCAUUUGCACUGAUGAUUGUGAGUUUCCAUGUCACCGCAAUGUGAUGGCUUCAAGUAGCCCCUAUUUCAAGGCCAUGUUCUGCAACAAUUUUAAAGAGAGCAUCCAAGAAAGAGUGACUUUACUGGGCAUUGAUUCAGACACAUUUCGCCAGAUAAUCACAUAUGUUUACACUGGAGGUAUCCUUAUCACAGUCAAUAAUGUAUUCCAUCUCAUUCAAGCUGCUUCAUUGCUCCAAUAUGAUAAAUUAAUAGGAACAUGCUUGAAAUUCCUCCAGGACCAAAUGACUCCUCAAAACUGUUUAAGCAUGAUUUGUCUUUCUGAAUUAUUUAGUUUGAAGAGCCUUAAAGAGAAAGCUAAACACAUGGCUUUGCAGUGUUUUAAAGAAGUGUCCCUUUCAGAAGAUCUGAAGGAGCUCUCUGUGUCGGAAUUGUUGGACUAUCUUGGAGAUGAUGACCUUUAUGGCGAAGAGGAACACGUGUAUGAGACCCUAAUGUCUUGGAUCAGACACGAUAUCCAAGGGAGAAAGUGCUACUUGCAAGAACUAUUUAAAAAAGUCAGACUUGAAUAUAUUCACCCAAUGUUCCUCUUCCAUUUCAUUGCAAAUGACCCUCUUAUUCAGUCGUCUAUGUUUUGCCGAACCAUGUUGGAAUCUGCCUGUACAGUCAUUUUUUCUCUAAACUCAAAUACUUCUCCAGAUGUAAAGCCCACGUGGCACUCUCCACGUCGUUUUUCUCAUCAAGAAUUCCUUAUAAAUGUCGGAGGCCGAAAAGACAGCCAGCAGACCACCAGAGAUGUUUUGUUGUACAAUGAAAGGUCCAACCAGUGGCUUAGACUAGCCAAGCUUCCAUUACGCCUGCACAAGGCUACUGCAGUAGGUCUGCACGGUAGUAUCUAUGUGCUUGGUGGGUUGUCUAUGGCCAACAAGGACAAAACCGUUACUUCAGGUGUGUAUAUUCUUUCUCUCAAAUUAAACCAGUGGCGGAUAGGAGUCCCUAUGCUUGUUCCAAGAUAUUCUCACCAAAGUAUUGGAUACCGAAACUAUAUAUUUUCAAUUGGAGGAAUUGGUGAGAAACAGGAACUACUCAACUCAGUGGAAAGGUUUGAUAGCAUUUAUAAUACUUGGGGCACCAUGGCUAACAUGCCAGUUGCUGUCCUUCAUCCAGCUGUAGCUGCUAAAGACCAAAGAAUCUACCUCUUUGGUGGAGAGGAUGUUAUGCAAAAUCCUGUUCGACUUAUACAGGUUUACCACAUUGCCAGAAACACAUGGUUCAGGAUGGAGACCAGGGUUGUGAAGAACGUCUGUGCUCCAGCGGUGGUAAUUGGCGAUAAGAUUAUAAUAAUUGGAGGUUACACAAGGAGAAUAAUUUCCUACGACGUGGCAAAGAAUACAUUUGUGAAAUGCGCAGACAUGAAGGACAGAAGGAUGCACCACGGAGCGACUGUUAUGCAGAAUAAAAUCUAUGUGACGGGAGGCCGGAGCCUGACCGUGGACAACACCAUUGAGGACUCUGACUCCUUUGAUUGUUAUGACCCUGAAACAGACACGUGGACCUCAAAGGGGAAACUGCCUAACAGACUGUUUGACCAUGGCUGUCUCACCCUUCAGUGCAUCCCAACCAAUUUAAAAUAGGCAAUGAACACAGAGAACUAUGACCAGUACUACACAAGGACAUGAAGGAUGGUGCGAGACCAUGGUUGGGGAUUAAACUCAACCCAUCUCUUGAACCAGCAGAAGUUCAGGUUGAAAAACUAAAACCCAGCUCCAGCCAAAAUGUUUUAUCUUGGUUUUAAGUAGAUCUUGGAAGAUUAAACAUUUCUGUGAAGUUUUUCCUGUUGUCUGUGACCCGGCUGGAGUCCCAAUCGUCCUUUGAUGUGCUUGGUCCUCUUCCUCCUGGGUCUUCUCCAGGUGGUGGGCAGUCCUAAAAGAUGCAAAGAGUAGCGCUGCAAUGAUGAGGUCAGAUCCCCCUCCUGUAUCGAUACACUGUGACUACCAGUUUGCACACUCAGGGGGCAGAGCAUUGGGGUCUUAUCCUUAGUCUGCUGGGUUGGGUGACACUGGGAAACAUUUAACUUAACUUCUACACCUUGUGGUGAAGAAGAGGUACUAAAGUAGACAUCUUUAGAUUGAAUGUUUGCAUUGAAGUUACAUUUUUGUUUAAAACAUCCAGCGGGAGUUGGACUUUAAAGAUUGUUUUGUUUUAUCCUUAGAAACAGGGCUUUUCCCUUCAAACUGUUUUAAAACAUCAGUUUCUGAUGUUCUUCUGCACCUAUGGGCUCUGUUACUUCCCUAAGCUUUGUCUUUUUUCUUUUUUAUUUCUUUCCGUACAUUUUUAUGAUGACAAUUUCAAUAAACAUAUUUUUGAGAUAAAA